AUGAAGGUUACAGCUUUUGUCGUUGCGGCAGCCCUUGCUGCAGCAUCUGUUAUCGCGACUGAAACUCCUACUCUACGAGCUCUGGCUGAUGCAGACCAUGCACCUGCUCCAGUUGCCGAAUUCAGUGAUCAAACAGGCCCAGAAGCUCCUUUGAAUGAAGAUGAUAAGGAGUGGGGAGGUCAUGGAUGGGGACACCAUGGACGGGAUCGUAGUCGUAUAAACUCAAUUCUAAUCCACGUCUCUGCAAGUGUAUUGUGA